AUGGCGGACACAUGUGUGCAGGUCGCAUUACGUAUCCGUCCGCAAGGAAAUCGAGAGAAACUUGAAGGCAGCCGAGUAUGUACAUCAGUACUUCCAAAUGACCCACAAGUUACAAUCGGUGGAGAUCGAUCAUUCACUUAUGAUCAUGUAUUUGAUAUGCAAACAGAACAACACGUUGUAUACGAAUCAUGUGUCGAAAAGCUAGUCGAUGGUCUUUUUGAGGGCUUCAAUGCCACAGUACUGGCAUAUGGACAGACUGGUUCCGGAAAAACACACACAAUGGGAACUGCUUUUGAUGCUGCAGUGACUCAAAAAGAACAAGACUUAGGUGUUAUUCCAAGAGCAAUCCAACACACUUUCCGAAAAAUUACGGAAUGCAAGACACAAGCAAUUGAACAGGGACUUCUGGAACCAGCAUUCGAAGUUUCAGUUCAAUUUGUAGAACUUUACAAUGAUGACGUCUUGGACUUACUCUCUGAUGAUAGAAGUAUGUCAUCAAGUAUCCGAAUUCAUGAAGAUUCGCGUGGAGAGAUCGUUCUUCACGGAGUUGAACAAAGAUCUGUUUUUGAUAUGCAUGGAACUAUGGACAUUCUGAAAAAUGGAGCACUCAAUAGAACAGUCGCAUCAACAAAUAUGAAUGAACAAUCAUCUCGUUCACAUGCAAUUUUUACUCUCCAUUUGAGACAACAGCGUGUCGCUGUGAAUCCAUUGGAUGAGUCCGGAGAACAAAAAGCUGGAGAACUUGAAAUGGAAAUGCUUUGUGCGAAAUUCCAUUUCGUCGAUUUGGCUGGUUCAGAGAGAAUGAAACGAACUGGUGCAACUGGAGAUCGGGCGAAAGAAGGAAUCAGCAUCAAUGUUGGAUUGCUCGCCCUUGGAAAUGUAAUCGCUGCACUGGGAGGAGCUAAUGGUAAAGUGAGUCACGUACCGUAUCGUGACUCCAAACUCACUCGUCUUCUGCAAGACUCAUUGGGAGGAAACAGCCGUACAUUAAUGAUUGCUUGCUGUUCUCCAUCUGACAGUGACUUUGUCGAGACUCUCAACACAAUGAAGUAUGCUAAUCGCGCUAAAGAAAUUAAGAACAAAGUUGUGGCAAAUCAAGACAAAUCAUCAAAAAUGAUUGGUGAACUUCGUAGUAGAAUUGCAUCUUUAGAGGGAGAACUUCUUGAAUUCAAACAAGGAAGAAGAACUGUUGAUGUUGAUGGACACGAAGUUGUUAAUGAUCAAUACCAUGAGAAUGUGUACCUAACGGGCGAAGUAAACCACCUCAAAUUCAAAGUGAAAGCUCUUAACGAGACACUUGAUAUUCUUCGUACCGAGAAUAUUGACUUGAAAGCUAAACAAGAAUUGAGUGCGAUUUCAGCCAUCUCAUCGUCUGGAGCUGUAGGAGAAAUAGAUGCAGUUCAAUCAACAUUCCGAAAAUAUUUAGAAGAGUUGGAGCGAACGAAAUCGCUUCUGUAUGAGUCACAAUCUACUUGUGACCAACUGAGAAAAGAUAAUGCCAGGUGGAAAGCUCUCGGAGCUUCCCGAGGAGCUGGUGGUGCAUCUGAAUUCAAUAGUCAGAAACUCAUUGAAAUGGCUAAACAAGAAGUUGAAAAGCAGAGAAAAAUGAUGGAAUCCGUGAAUAUUGGAGGGGAGAAUGUUUCGUCUGAAUACUCAUCGAUGGCCCAAGACGAUGAUGGCACAAGUAAUGAAGCUGAAGAAAUUCUUGAUGAAGAAGAUUUGGAUGAAGAUGAAGAAGAGACUGCAGCCGAAAAAGAGCAACAAGCUGAAACGGAAGCACUCCAAAUUGAUUUGAAUGAAGUGAUGAUUGAAUUGGAUAUAAAGGAAAAGCUCAUUGAUCAAUUGGAAAGAGCUGAAAGACAAAAUCAGCAAAUUAGAGAAACCUAUGAGAAUAAGUUGAGAGAGUUGAUGGCAAGAAUCAAGGAUACUGAAACUGAAAGAGAUCGUGUUUUGAAUGAAGGAGGUAAACGAGGUGGCAACAAUGAGCAGAUGAAAGCUAUCAAGCAGGAAUACGAACUGAAAAUCAGUGAUUUGCGGAAGGAAUUGAAGAAAAUCGAAGCUCUGGAUAAAGAACAUUUGAAAGUAAUAGCAAAAUCACAACGAGAACUUCAAGAAAAAACUAGAUUGAAAAGUGAAGUUGUAGACUUGAAGAAGGCAAAAGUAGAGUUGAUUAAAAAAAUGAACGAGGAUAAGAAGAAACAAAAAGCUCAGCAACUAGCAAAUGCACGUGCAAUCGCGACGAAAGAGAAACAAACUCGACUUCAAGCCAAUAAAAUCCGUACGCUGGAGAUGAAGGAUAAGCAGAGAGAACAGUUCCUCAAGAAGACAACACAAGAAGUGAAUGCUCUUCGUAAGGAAAAAGCAGUAGCAGCGGCUGUAGCACGUCAAGCGAAUCGAGGAGGACCAGCUCGAGGAGGUGCUGCUCAGACAAGUUCACCUGCACGUAGAGUUCGAGGAGUUGUUGGCGGAGUACAAGCAAUCAAAGAACUCGCAUUCUCCGCUAAAGCAAGUAAAGUUAAAUGGGAUGUGAUUGUCAGAAAAAUCGAAGAAAGCACUAGAAGACGGCAAAUUGUACAAAAGAUGGAGGCGGAGCUGGAAAGAUACCUGAAUGAACGACAUGCGGUUAUGGUAGAAAUCGUGGAAAACGAAAAGCAAUUCACUCAAUCUCAAGAUGUUAUCUAUCGUGAUGGUCUCCUAGAAGCAAUUGAUAGUGCCAAAGAAAAACUGCAAUAUGUUCAAGAUCAGAUCACGUAUCAGCAAAAACUUAUUUGUGAUGUUGAUGAGGUAGGUGGAUUGAUUUUUCAUAGAAGUUAG